GACACCAUGCCUGAUGUGUGCACCACGGCCCAAAGCCUUCAGAUGGAUCUCUUUAAAUGGAUCUUCGGACUUCUGACUGUCCUGGUCAUCUUUACAGGCCUGUAUUUGCCCUGCAGUAGAAAUUAUAAGAUGGGAAGUGAAAUGACAGACAGAUUUAAUUUACUGAAUUGCAUGAAACUUCGUCAAAAGUUAUCCAACAUCAGUCCAGCUAAGAGUAUGGAUAUGACAAAUGUGACUGGGCCUCUCUCAGCAUUCAUGAGCUGUCCACAUGUGUCCAACAGAACCCAAAAGGAGCUAAACAGAUUAAGACUGCGUUUCUGUUGUAAUGCCACAGAUUUAUUAUACCUGACAAAGAAGAACACAGCUGUGAAUCAAAGCAUUACAUAUGAGACCUCAAAUAGGGUGUACAAAGUGGGAGCUGCACUUCACAAAAUGCUGCCUGAGGACUUUCCAUGGAGUAACCGUGGUCAUCUGGGAAGUUGUGCUGUGGUGGGCAAUGGGGGGAUUCUGAAGAACAGCAGUUGUGGAAGAGAGAUUGACAGUGCAGACUUCGUCAUCAGGUUGAACUUGGCUCCCAUUAAUGACAGUGAUGUUGGGGUAAAGACUGAUCUAGUGACCAUGAAUCCCAGUCAGCUCUCAGCAAAAAAUAUGGCUGUGAAUCCGGAUCCGCUGGUGCAGCGCGUGAGUGUGUAUGGAAAUGCGUCUCUGAUGAUUUCAGCCUUUGCAUACACACACUGCACUGCAGUGUCAGUUAAAACCCUCCAGGUGCUCCAGCCCAUCAGACCUCAGCAGCCCGUAGUGUUCUUUAGUCCCUACUACCUCAAGACAUUAGACUGUUUCUGGAAGGGGCUUGGCCUGAAAGGAAAACGCCUCUCCACAGGUUUCAUGUUAGUUAAUGUGGCACUAGAGCUCUGUGAUGAUGUGCAUUUAUUUGGAUUCUGGCCAUUUGACAUCAAUCUAAAGAAGCAGACACUUCAGCACCAUUGUUAUGACAACAAACCGCCCAAACCAUUUGUGCACGCCAUGUCAGACGAGUUCGUCCAUCUGUUACAGCUUCACAGCCAGGGGGCACUAACACUGCACCUACAGCCCUGCUUAUAACACACACACACACACACACACACACACACACACACA